AUGGAAAGAAGUAAAAGUUUAAGCGAUUUAAAAGACACUUAUGACGUGAGUAAGUGUUUGGUGAACAGUUCCAGGGAAUACAUCAGGCACCAUAUUUUGGAUGCCUUGAUCGUGCGUGAUGAUCUUCCAGUGACGCACUGGCAUGAAUAUAAGUCAGUCCACAAAAAAGUGUAUGGAACACCACAACAAGAAUUAAUAGCAAUGUCAAAGUGGCGCAACAAUCUGGAGAGAGUGGCUAAACACAACCGCGAUUUUCUGACCGGCAAACAAUCCUACUCGCUACAUUUAAAUCACUUUGGAGAUUUGGAUGUAAAAGAAUAUUUCAGUAAAUUCCUGAAGCUCUUUCAUACGUUUCCACUUUUCGAUCCGGCAGAAGACCAUAGCAAGACUGCUUAUCGAAGAAAAGCACACCACAAAGUACCUAAGAGGGUCGACUGGCGUACUAAGGGCUUUCGUCCGCGGCGAGAGGAGCAGCAUCAUUGUGGAGCUUGUUAUGCUUUCGCGGUCACACACGCACUGCAAGCUCAACUUUAUAAGAAAUACGGAUUUACAGGAGAAUUAAGUCCCCAGCAGAUAGUGGAUUGCAGUUUCAAGGAUGGGAACAUGGGUUGUGAUGGAGGAUCUUUAAGGGCUGCACUAAGAUAUGCAGCCAGAGAUGGUCUUAUCAAAGAGUCGCAGUACCCAUACAUAGGGAAGAAAGGUCGCUGCAAGUACAACAGACUUCAAGUGAGAGUGCGUGCUAGAAGGUGGGCGACUUUACCGGCUUACAAUGAGCGAGCUAUAGAAAAGGCGCUGGCCACCAUCGGACCUUUAGCGGUCGCUGUUAAUGCUGCUCCCUUCACAUUUCAACUUUACAGGAGUGGUAUAUAUGACGACCUGUUCUGCACUCCAUGGCAGAUGAAUCAUGCGAUGUUGCUAGUGGGAUACAGCCCGGAGUAUUGGAUUUUACUCAAUUGGUGGGGCAAAAAGUGGGGGGAAGAUGGAUACAUCAGGAUUCGAAGAGGUUUAAAUAGAUGCGGAGUAACAAAUAUGGCUACAUAUGUUGAAGUAUAA